CAGUUAAUUGUGCCGCAAAGUCUUACACACCUAUACCAUCAUGGCCAACCCAAGAUACUUGACCGAGAGCGAGCGAGCCAGAUUGUUGGAGUUCCAAGAGUCUAUCCACUACAGUCCGCGUUAUUCCGACGACUCGUAUGAGUAUCGUCACGUAAUGUUACCAAAAUCUAUGUUGAAGGUGAUUCCUUCCGACUACUUCAACAGCGACACGGGCACCCUCCGAAUCUUGCUCGAGGAGGAGUGGCGUGGCUUGGGGAUUACCCAGUCAUUGGGCUGGGCCCAUUACGAAACACACGCGCCAGAGCCGCACAUUUUGUUAUUCAAACGUCCGAUUAAUUUCGGCCAAUAAGCUGUGGCAGAUAUAGACCAUGUCUGAUACAAACCAUGUCUGAUACAGACCCCUUUAGCCUGAGAAGUCACCGGGGCCACUAGCAUAUCCGGUGAUCUUCGCUUCCUAUAUAAGAAACGCCCGUUCUGGUGACGUUUCUUGCUCUUGCAUAUACAUCUGACCCGCUGUGUCGGGUAUUGGCUCGGUUUCAACCGUUCUUCCGGCUUUUGGAGGAGACUUUUCCCGAGUCCGGUGUCGUUUAUACUCAAGUCACAUAUUUAUCAGGUGUUGGUUGUAAUGUUUUUGUAAGUGAAAGGCAUUGCGGGGUUAAGCCGAUGAUGCAAUAUCGGUUCAUUUUUUUUUUGGUGGCAUGUUUGGUAUCCUUUGUACAUAACAGUUCGCCGGCCCAGGGGUUCCGUUGGUUAUUUCUGGGCUCAUAAAC